AUGGCUUCGGCUCGCCUGCGGGCCGUGAAGCAGAAAUUGGGAUUGAAGGGCGAUGAAUCUCAGCAUGAGCAGACCGACUCUUGGAGCAACAGAGAUCUGAUCCCUCUACCACCGGCAAGGCGAACAUGGGGCGCAUUUCACUAUUUUGGAUACUGGGCUAUUUCAUCACUCAAUGUCAGCAAUUGGCAGACUCCAAAUACUUACCUGACCGUGGGACUUUCGGUAGGACAGUCCAUGGCAGUGAUUAUCAUUUCAAGAGCUCUUAUCGCUCUGUUUUCGACUGCAGUGGCCUGGUGUGGCUUGACAUGGCAUAUCGGGUUUACAAUCCAGAAUCGAUUUACAUGGGGAAUGCGUGGGAGUUACUUCCCCCUGCUUCAACGUAUCCUGCUGAAUUUCAUCUGGACUGCUGUUCAGUGUAAGUCUUCAGCCAAAUGUCUGGUUUGCGUCACGGCCAUUUGGCCAUCCUUCGCCACGAUUGAGAACACGCUGCCUUCGAGUAUGUCAACAAUCACAACCACCUACCAGUUCGUUGGAUUCAUCGUCUUCUGGACAGUUUCUCUUCCAUUUCUGUUCAUCCGGCCCGAGAAAUUCAAACUUCCUUUCCAGGUGGUUUCCAUUUAUUGCGGAGUGGGAAUGAUGUGCAUGAAUAAAUGGAACGUCUCAUGGCUCAUGAUGUCGGGAAUCAAUCAGAUGAUUGGGGGAAUUGCAGCUGGCAUCACCAAUGGCUCGGAUUUUUCUAGAUAUGCAAAGUCACCAAAGCAUUAUGUCACGGGUUCCAUCGCAUCUGUUUGGGCAGUUGGCACUUUUGUCAGCUUCGUGGGGCUCGUGACGACGAGUGCCUGCCAGAAGAUCUAUGGGGAGAUUUACUGGAAUCCUCCUGAUCUACUCAUGGUCAUGAUGGAUUCUGGCAAAGGAUCCUCCAAGGCCAGAGUCGGUGUGUUCUUUCUCUCGGCGGGGUUUGCUUUGACAGCUAUGUUUGAAAAGAUCUGCGGUAAUGCCGUGGCUGGCGGUAUUGAUCUCGCGGGGCUCUUCCCCCGGUAUAUUGACAUUAGAAGGGGAGCCGUCAUUACAUUCAUAGCAUGCUGGGUCGUCCAACCAUGGCAGCUCAUCAACAGAGCAGCGACAUUUAUCACUGUCCUCAGCUCCUUCUCAGUCUUCCUCGCGCCACUCAUCGGUGCCAUGUGUUGCGAUUUCUUUAUCCUCCCCAGGAGAAAGAUCCAGCUAAGUAAUUUAUACCGUACGCACGACACGUCCUACUGGUAUUGGCAUGGCUUCAACCCGCGUGUUCUUCCUGCAUGGCUUGCCGGCUGGGUUCCGACUGUAGGGGGUUUGAUCGUCACUGUGAGGGGGACGACCGAUGCACCAAGACCAUUAUACCAGCUCUACUACAUGGCAUUCUUCUUUGGCUUCUUCACAAGCGCUCUGCUCUUCUAUAUCACGAUGCGAAUAUUCCCAGUUGGGGGCAUGGGGGCAUACGAUGACGUGGAUUAUUAUGCUGCAUUUACUGCAAAGGAAGCUCAAAAGCUUAGUGUCGUGCAACUCGACCAAUCGAACGCCAGCUUGGAGGGGGUCGAGCAUAUAGAGCCUUUGCAAGUCCAGGAGAAGGGCCAGAAGACAGGGUAUAUCGUGGCAGACGGCGCUCAUUAGAACUCUGUCUGGGGGAGAUGUGAAUUGAGCUCUGUCGGUAUAGAGCGUUUGGCGCCGGCUGUCUGAAGGAAAACAAGGGAGAAAGUGAUGUG